AUGUCUGUAUAUUUUCACGCGAAUGCGUGCAUCAUUUUUGCCUUAAAGGAGAUAAGGCAAGGCAGAUCUGGACCUAUAAGGAUUUUACCUUUUCCAAAAGUUCACAAUGAAGAUUCCGAAAAAUCGCCAAACAUCGACAAGGAUCGUCCACUCAUUAAUCCAUGCAUUUCUUUAAUACUGUAUGAAGGAGCUUAUUCACUUCGAUCGAAGCAAGCCUAUAAGAUGGCUGUAAGUGUUGCACCAGACUCAGAUCGCGCGGCCCCCAAUAAUUUUGCAUAUUCUCGCGGAAAGUCCGCGAGAAUGCGGCCAAUGCGCCGACUAAUCUAUAGGAAAACCGCGAUAUACAAGCCAUCAAGUGAGAAGUGUUUGACUUAUUGCGACAAAAAGAGAAAAUUGGAAAAACUGAGACAACCUAAUAGAAUAUGA